AUGCUAUAUGCUUCGCCGCCAACAACGCCUUCUCGCCGCCUCCUGGUUUCUAUAAUUGUUAAGUACAAAAGAGGGUAUAUGAAGAUUCCCCAUCCGCCCCGUAGCACGCCGAACAAACAAAAGGAUAAAAUAUAUGCUUCUUUGCCAUGCAAGUUUCGUUUCUUCCUUCGUUCUUCCCUCAACAUGCCAAGGUAUAAGCUGCCGAUAGCCAAGAUCAAAUAUGCGGAGCAAGCCAUCUCUCCUAAGCGUUGGGAUCGCUCCAUCUUAGGCUUCGUCUCGAUGCGAGCGGGUUGCUGGCGACGAAAGCGGGCGCAGGAGGUGGCGGGAGAGGUGCAGCUGGCGACAUGGGUGGUAGAGAGGUGUGGGAAGGUCGGAUGUUCUCUUUACCCGUUGUAG